AUGGCUGACAAAUCGCUCAAAGACCUGAACUACGGCCAUCCUGGCGUCGCGAGUUAUGAUUUAGAAAACAGAGGAUGGGCCUUUGCUAGGAACUAUAAGAAGCGGGUCUUCAAGCAGAUUCUAACUCCAACGACCUCGUCUUCUACGCGAAAUCAUGCGACACCUAAAACAGCACCACCGUUCUCUCUAAAAACACCAGUGAACAGGACGAGCAUACAGGAUGAAUUCAGCAAUACAGUUCAAGACGACCCCCUGCUCGCUCCGGCUACGGACAUAAUUCCGGACCUGGCCUUGGUAUCUGCUGCUAUCUCUUCCGCGGCUUCGACCUAUGACCCUCUCGUCAGUGGCCUUUUAUCUUUCGGUUCAAUCACGCCCAGGGGUAGAGAUGAGGCGUGGCGGAUGGCUGCGUUGCCCACCGGUGAGACCGGAAGUAUACUGCAGUUGUGUAUUUUGGAUGACGAAACGCAUGGUUGGACAGCCGAACCGAGGCCAUGGGUACGAGGGCAAACCUUGAAAGCCGCAGAGAGCGGAUUCUGGAACGAGGAAGCGGCACCGAUACAGCAGGUUUGCUUUGCACAUUCAGAGAAAAAACGGCCUUUGCUUGCCGUGCGACUUCCCACCCGCACUGUUCUAUUUCACCCGGACUACGACCGUCAACCACGCGCUGCCGCAAUUUCCCCGUUCUACCGUCUGCCAGCUUCCACCAUCCAACCGAACCGCAUACUCAGCAUACACCAGAACGAUACAGGUGGCUUUGCUCAUGUCGAUGUUGCCUUUAACCCGGACUUUCAAUUACAGUUUGCGCUGGUCGACCAAAGCCAAACGUGGAGUGUAUGGGAUAUCGAGCAUCAGCUUAGGCUUGGCAGAUAUUCGGCUUCAUGCAUGCUCCGCGGAAAGGUGAAUGAGUCGGAUGACGGAGACACAACUGGCCAAGACGGCUGGGCGAGGGUUCUCUGGGUCGCCGAUGUUACGACCUUGAUGGUUUGCGAUAGGCGCCGCUUGAGCAUCGUUAGCAUCAGGGGCGGAUCAACUUCGUAUUUGCCUUGCCAAGAAAUAUUCAGCGAACGGUCCGCGGACUGGAUUCUGGGCGUCAAGUUGCAUCCAAAAGACCGCAGUAGAGUAUUCGUCUUGACCUCUACUCGACUUUUACUGAUUGCAGUCACUCCACCGAGUGAGCUCCCGUCAAGUGCCGACGACACAGGCGCCAAGAUACUUCUAUCAUGGCGGCACUACAGGGGCGCUGAAGAUUUUACGCUUGGAUUGAGUGCGCAGAUGCUGGCAGACGAUGAGACGUGCGUGAUGAUACAUUCUCGUGUCAAUAACCUUGUCCAAGUAUACAGCUUUGUCGAGCGUGAUUCUGGGCUCAUUACCGCCCCCGACCCCACUCUGCUAGAUCUAUGCCUUCCGGACCCAGGGCAGAUUACAAACAUUCUAAUCGAGACAAUGAAACAAGGAGAGUUGAGGCCCGAGAUUGGCUUUUUCCAACUAUUUGUGACGCAGUCUGACUUGAGCGUCCACGAGCUCAUUGUAUAUACCCGGACCUCCACGGCGGACGACAGGAGCGAGGAUGAUUAUGCCAUUGCGGACUUUGAGCAAAGCACGAUAACACGUCCCAGGGAUCCCCCAAUCAGGUCUCGUAAGAUCAACAAAGACGACGAUUUUGUAAGCCCCGACGGACUACCUACAACAGUAUUGCCAUGCUCGAAAAUUGCAACGCCACAGUCGCAUUGGCAUGACAAUCUAAAUGAUAGUACUGCGUCCGAAUCACGAAACAACAGCCUCUUGGGUGAGGUGAUGUCGCAGUCUAAGAGCUCAGCAGAGGAGUCUGGCGCGAAGGAUGCGGUGGCGGUCAUGGACCAGGUGAACGAGAUGCUGGCAACUGGUGCAGACCUGCCAUCUUUACCAUUGGGUACUUUGAUGGAGUUUACGCGCACGCAUUUUGACGUUGCAGAUAUUGACGAAGCUUCGUCCAACUUCGAAGAGUUGUUUUCUUCCGGAUAUGAACAAGACACAAUGGAUGUUCAGCGUAUUGCGCCUAUGCACGUGCUUGGUUUGGCUCACGACAGCAACCCUACGAUUUCGGACGUGUACGACACUAUACUCCAGACAUGGAUUGCGCCUCUUCCCACAGAAGUGCCGAUCCGCGUUCGUCAACGCUUGGAACGUCUGGCUAGGCGGGUUGCCACAGAACUGAUGUUCUCAAGUACCUGUAUACGUGAUGAUCGAAGGCCUGCCUCUAGCACGCAUCAUGGACAAAACAAGGGCAGUGGUGUCGCGUUGCCCAUCUUGCCAUCAAGGCCCAAAGAAAGUGCUUUCCAUCCCGUUUCAAACUAUCCGAUCUCUCAGCCACUACCGACACCACCAUACUCAUCUAUGCCUCCGCCCUCUGUGCUGGGGUCAUCUCCGCCAGAAGCGACUCCCACUCCUCCCGCCCUGCCCGACCCCCUCAGUCGCCUCAACAAGUAUCUCCCGACUUCCAAAGACCCGGCGAUAAUCCACCCGAAUGUGGCUCAAGGUCUCGCGCACUGGCAGUUAGGAUGUGAUCCUCACGCGUACGAUUGGGCCAGCCUAGAGCGUGCUCUCCAAUCUGAAGAUCUUGACGAGGAGAGCCAACUACAACGCGAAAAAGAACGCAAGAAGAGAGAACGCCGGGAAAAGCGUCAACAGCGCGAAAACGAGCUUAUGAAGGCCAAGCUUGAGCUCACGAGGAGUAAUACCGUCAGUCAACCUACCGCGUUCCCUAGAAGCUCUCCAGGACCCAUGUUGGGCGGCAUGGGGAACAGCAGUCAGGUAUCAAGUCAAAGCCAAAGUCAAAGUCAGAUCCAGGUACCACCUCAUGGCGGCAGCUUCAUGAUGCCGCAAAGCCAAGUCGAGCGCGGCAAAUUUGGAGGGAAGUUGGACAAAAAGAAGAAGAAGAAGGGUAGGAUUAGUGGGUUCUAG